AUGAACUUCAAGUCGAAGCCAGUUGAUCUUGGAAACAUUAUUGGACUGAAAAAGAAUGCUAUCAAAGAAGCUGAACAGGAUAUCGAAAAACUUAAAGCGUAUAAUAAAAAUUUGAACGAGCAAAUCGCGAAAUAUGAUGCAGAUUCAAUCGAAGUCAUUGCCAAAUAUCGUAAAGAGAUAGAUGCUAAAACAGCAACCAUGAACGAACUUAUUAAUAAAGCCCAAAAGCUCAGAGAAGAAACAAAAGCCAAAAUUAAAGAAUUAUAUGACGAAAAUGAUAAGGCAAAACAGAAUGUUAGCAAAGAAAAUGAUAACAUAUUAGAGCAAAUCGCAGAAACAGAAAAGAAAAUGCAAGUAAUUUUGGAAUUUGAACAAAAUAAACAAAAAAUUCUUGACAGAAUCCAAUCUUACGAUGACCAGAUCGAACAAUCAAAGAAGACAACUGCAGAUGAAAUCGAAAAGGAUAAACAAGAUAAUAUUGAAGCUGAAGCUCGUGUUCGCCAAGAAAACGAAAUCAAAUUAGAGAACGAAAAGAACAAAUUCUACGCUCUACAAAUUUCAACUGCAGAUCAAGCAGUUCUUUUGCAUAUUCAAAGAAGAAAUAAUCUUGAUUCAGAUUUAAGGUCUUUGGAAGAGAUGAGACAAAAAUACCUUGGCAAAAUUGAUGAUUGCGAAAAGAAGAAUGCUAAACUCCGUGAAACAAUUGAACAAUUACAUAGAGAUCAAUUAAUCGAAGAAAGUGCUGACCAAUCAAAGCAAAUUGCAGCUCUCCAGAAGGAAAUAGCCAAUUCUCGUGCUCAAUUAAAGGAAAUGACGCUCAAAACAAAGCAAGAACAUGAACAGGCAGAUAAUCAACGAAAAGCUGAAGCAGAAGACAUGGAUCUUCAACUUAGACAACAACAGGAUCUUCUUGACCAUAAGUUACAGCAGAUUGCAGCUUUAAGAGAGCUAACUUUGACUGUUUUAUCUUAUAGAUCUCAACUUGAAGCAGAAUUCAUCACAGUUUUGGGCGAAGUCAUAUACGAAGUUGCACAACGUGAGAAUCCAGGCGUUCCUCUCAUGCAAACACGUGCAACAAGGAAAUUGAUGUUGACAAGCUCAGGAAAUACAUCUGCCGCUUCAACAAGGGCCAAAGAACAAACAGGAAAGGAGAUUUCUAUCAGCCACACACUAGCUCAGUUCACAAUGGAAGAUAGAAUUACAGUUUUGACUCGAUUUAUGGAAAGAGUUCAGAACAGCGUUGAAGGUAAGUUUGACACUACUUCAAGAUCUGGUUUGUCUAAUGAUUCAAUGAGCCAAGGUUCAAAUAAGGCUUAA